CUUCUCCCAUAUCACACUUCCCCUCGCAAUUCAAUAUGUCUUUCUUCAUUUCUUUCUUCCUUGUCUCCUUUCUCUUCUCCUCUCCAUGCCUUUCUACUAGAACAACACCAAUCUUUUCCUCCAAACCUAUUAAUCCCACAAAUUAUCAUAAAAUUCAAGGAACAUGGCAUGAAUUUGAGAAGUUUGCGGGUGCUAACAAAGGCAAUCAAAUCAAUGGAAUUUCUGAGCUCAAGAAGUAUUUCCAUCGAUUCGGGUAUUUGAAGAGGAUGGAUAACUUGAAUUUUACUGAUUUAUUUGAUGAUCACUUGGAGCAUGCCUUGAUUAAAUAUCAAGAAAAGUUGGGCCUUUCAGUCACUGGAAAACUUGAUGAUAAUACUGUUUCUCAGAUUAUUUCACCUAGGUGUGGCGUAUCCGAUUCUACCCCUAAAUUAUUCAUGCAUGCAAAGAGAAAUUACGUAUUUUUCACCGGCAAGCCAAGAUGGUCUAGAAGUAUACCAAUAACUUUAACGUACGCAUUCUCGCCAGAGAAUGUAAUAAAUUCCUUGAGCAUGUCGGAGACAAAGGAUGCUUUUCAACGUGCGUUCAACCAUUGGGCUUCGGUAAUACCAGUUACAUUCUUGGAAAGCAACGAUUACGGAUUUGCAGAUAUUAAAAUAGGGUUUUACAAAGGUGAACAUGGAGAUGGAGAGCCAUUUGAUGGAGUUCUAGGGGUUUUAGCUCAUGCAUUUUCACCGGAAACUGGGAGGUUCCACCUUGACGCUGCGGAGACAUGGUCAGUGGACUUUGAAAGAGAGGAAUCCGAUGUAGCUAUUGAUUUGGAAUCAGUAGCUACACAUGAGAUUGGACAUUUGUUAGGGUUGGCACAUACUUCAGUUCAAGAAGCAGUGAUGUUCCCUAGCUUAAAACCAAGAGAAAUGAAAGUGAAUUUGAAAAUGGAUGAUAUUAAGGGAAUACAAGCUCUUUAUGGUUCAAACCCUAAUUUUAGUUAUCAAGCUCUUUCAGAAUCUGAUACCUCUACAAACAAUGGAGUUAAUUUGAGGAAGAGACCAUUAACAUGGUCUGAUUUUAUUUUGGUCUUAGUCUUGUGGUUGUCUAUGUAAAGCACAAACUACGUAGUUACUAUACAAAAUUCUUUUGGUCAUGGUCAUGUAAUGAAUUGACUCUUGACCUUCUUUUUAUUAUUUUUUCCAGUUUCUAGUCUAGUUCAUAUUAUGGAAGCAGUCAUAACACAAUUUGCAGUAGAGAAAUCAUAGUAUCCUGAGAGUACCAUGAUUGCUAGGUUAUAUAUAGCUGCAACUAUUGGUCCCCUAGAUUAAUAUAUAUAUUUGAUCUUUUUUUUCUGCAAUAA